AUGCGAAAUCCUGAUACAAGUUGGAAACAAUUUCCCAUUGUAUUGAAGCAUCAAUACUCAACCUAUAAUAAUGCUAGAAAGGCUCUAGUAAAAGCAGAAGAGGAAACGAAUAUAGAUUCAAAUGUAUCAGAUUGUGAGGUACCUAGGAAAAAGAAAAGACCAAUUCGAUUUGAAUCAGACGACUCGGAUAAUGAUGUUUUUCCAAAGAGAUGCCAAACCAGUACCAUAGCAGUCAGCGACAGCGAAGAUGAUCUUAAUCAGGAAAAUGCUAAAUCUGUUGUUCGAGACAAAGUACAGUCCAUGUUAAAUAAUGUAUCAUUCUGCAAACGGAAACCCUUUUCAGAACAGUCUCUGAAUCGAAUAAGUGGAGAACAAAACAAAAAUAAUUAUACAAUUCUAAAAAAGAUUAAUUCAGAUAAUAAGGGUACAAAACACAUCAUUGUUGAGAAUCCAAUUGAGGGUAACGUCAAGAGAAAAUACCAGCACAUAGCUGAAUACAAGAAAAGUAAUUUAUGCCAAGAAAAAAGUACUACUUUGUCUUGUAAGACUUUAAAAUAUCGCAGUGCUAAGAAUGCAUAUGAACAUGAUAGCUUGGUUAAUAUCGGUGUUGCGGAUCGAGGUAGUAUCAAAGAUAUCAGAGAUGAUAUCAGCGCUAAGAAUGCAGAUGUUGACGAUGAUAAUAAUGAAGAAUUAGUCUUGACAAGAAGUGCUUCCGUUCUUUCAUCACGUGGGUUUACCUCACCUUCUAAUAGAUCUGAUGACAACUUCGAUAUUCAAAAUUCACAUUCCCUUACGAUAGAUGAUGCAAGUCCAGGUAUAUAGCUUUCUAAUUUUCAAUCCUAAUCUACUCAAGAGGGUAUAUCUUUAUUGCCUCGUUAAAAUACUACAAUAUCUCUUAAAUGGUUUUAUGAAAACUGUCGAAGUACUGUAUAUAAUGAUGACAAACAA